AUGAUCUCACUACUUACUAUCCUCUUUGGUGUUCUCACUCCGGUAGUCCGGAUCUUCCCUUGGACCAAUGGCCAGCAACUCCAAAUACGGUAUCCCGGUACCCAAUGGAUGACUCCAGGUAUAGAAUUAGAUAUUAAGGAUACCAGCAAGAUCCCAGAGAUUAGUAGUAUGAACCUGGAAUGCAACGAAAAAUACAUCAUCCUCUUCAUCGACCUCGACGCCAUCGUACCAGGGACUCGUAUUCAAUCAGUCAUUCUACACUGGUACCAACCCAAUCUCAUGAUAGAUUGCAGAAAACCAUCACCACCUUCAAUAAUCGUUCCUGGGAAGGACGACGGGGAUAAACACAAUCCAAUAGCCCCGUACAUAGCUCCUCGUGCACCACCAAAUACUCGCCACCGCUACGUGUAUCUCCUUUUUGCACAGCCUCCAGCGUAUAGAUUUCCUGAUUGCUUCUCACAUGUGUUCCCAGAGACUGUUAGCGCGCGUGCGGGAUUCGAUAUCAGGGAGUUUAUGCAGGCAGCAGGGUUGGACCCUCCUGUUGCCAUAAACUAUUUCAUUGGUAGACAUGAACCUGCCGAAGGCGAGACAACAACCAUGCCUCACAGUGCGACAAUGACCUCGUUCCGUUCCGUGGAUUGUCCCACGAGGACGGCAGAUUUUGUGCCAUGA